AUGAACCGAUCACUUCGUCUGGCAGAUCUAGGCAAGCUAUCCGGCACGCCCGUCGCGAGUGGAGGCGGCAAGCUUGCACAAUGCCGCAGUUCCGCGCAACCAAUCCAUUGCAUUCACAUUUGGGCGCGUUUCCUGCUCUCUCUCGCCCUGCUAGCAGUGUACAUUGGCUCAUGCAUCGCUCAACCUAUUCAAGAAAUGUCUUCGACCAGCUCCGAUGCUACGACGAUGCAGCAAGCGGAAGCGUUCCACCUUGACGACCUGCUGCGCACGUUCAAGCUUCAAUUGGCAGACGUGAAAGCUUCCAAUCCCGACUGGGCGUCCAAUGUCCGUGUGAAUGCGAUGCUCAAAGAGCAAAGCGUUCCUGCGUCGUCGGCCCUGGCACCCACCGCCACGAGCACCGGCACAAAUGUCCGAACGAGAAUUGCGAACAACAAGACCAGUGGGAAAUCGACGGAAUGCCAGAACAUCACCGCUUUGGCACCGUACGACAAGAGUGGAAGGGGCUGUUGUCCUCCAGUCACGCACGACUCUAAUUGCUGCUGGAACGCAAAGGUGAGCCUUUGCAUGUUGGAUCCCAUUGCAAUAUUGCGCUGCCUCACGGGGUUCGAGGAGUCGUGCCGAUGUCGAGCUGAUAUGUUGUCUUGUCAUCAUUCGCCGUAGGGAUCUGGAACAUUUUGCGGGUCCAUCACUCGGAGAGGAGAAGGUUUACGUCUGGAGUUUGACCUGAUCAGGCAUGAAUUGUGUGCUGGAUGA